AUGGUUGGAAGGGGCAAGCGGGGAGGAUCCGUGCGAGAGCUUGAGGAGGUUCUGGAGGCGUGCAGGGACAGGGGUGGGGAGAUGGCGAGGAGGCUGCAUCGGGAGCGGACGGAACGGAUGGAGUAUUUGGUGGGGAGGGUGCAGGAUCUGGAGGCGUUACCGGUAUGGGGGGAGGCGGAAACGGCAGAAUGGACAAGGACGUCCGAGGAACUCAAGCGGGCGGUCGAGGAGCGCGCGCGCCUACUCCGGAUCCGAGCCCACGUCCCGAGAUCGCUUCCGAGAACGACUGUCGCGGCCGGUCCACGCCAAGCUCGCGGCGCGGAACUCGGACUCCAAGAUCACAGCACUGCGCUUGGGCAACGGGAGAGCUAACGCAUGACAUUGAUGUCGCUCUUGACCACACGCAGGCGCAUUUCCAGCGCCUCUACCACAUCGAGCCUCGUGAUCCGGAACGCGUCGACCGACUUCGGGAACGAACUCCUCGUGCCGAUCAGGGCGGCACGGACUUGCGACGACCCGCGCUCAGAUCCGCUCUUUCUGCGCCGACUCUCGGAAGCGCAGAUUGAUCUCCUCCAGCAACCCAUCACCGAGGACGAGGUCGUGGCCGCGAUCGGGACGACGCACCCGGGGCGAUCGCCGGGCCCGUCGGGCGUGCCUUACGAACUCUAUCAGACCGCACCGGAGGCGUGGUCCAAGGUGCUGACCAAGGCCUACAACGCGAUGAUCGAGCGCGGUUCACUCUCUCCCAAGCAGGCCAGGGACUCGUGCGCCUCAUCUUCAAGCGCCACAAGAAAGAAUGCCGAUCGCGCCGAACUCUCGUCGUAUCGCCCCAUCACCCUGCGCGAGUGCGAUUACAAGAUUUUUACCAAGGUCUACGUCGCCCGAUUGAACCAAAUUCUGCCCGAUCUCCUCCCGCCGCAGCAGCACGGCUUCGUCAAGGACCGCCGAUCGGCCGACGCUGCACUACACCUUCGUCUCCUGAUCGAGGAACUUGGCGCGCGCAGGACCGAGUUCCCCGCGGCCGCGCUCUUGUCUCUUGACCAAUCAUCCGCCUACGACCUCGUCGAGCAUGACUGGAUCUUUGCCAUCUUCGACGCUCUGGGCGCUCCUACCACCUUUCUUCGCGUGCUGAGGAUGCUCUACUCGGGUGACUCGACCUCGGCGCGCUACAUCAUCAAUGGGUUCCUGACGGCGCCGGUGCGACUGACGUGUGGGCUCGGCCAAGGGGACCCGGCGUCAUCGUCGGUCUGGGACAUCGUGUUUCAGCCGUUCCUGGAUGCUCUACACCGUCGAAACAUCGCGCUGAAUCUCUCCAUACCUGCACUUCAUCCGUACCCACAGAGCCGCGCCAUUACAUCACUUGCAUUUGCCGAUGACGUUGUCGUCGCCGUCGCGGGCUUGGAGUCACUCAACUUGCUCGAUGACCUGGCGCUCGACUGGAGGCAUGCAACGAAUGGCCGGCUCAACACGGACAAGACGGUCGUCCUACCGAUUGGACGUCGCUGGGACCCUGGGGAACGGCCAAUCGUCGUCAAGGCCGCAGGCGAGUCGCUCGAGUGGAUCGGCCUCCCCUUCGACCCCAGCGGCGACACCGAACUCGCCUACGCGAAUCUCAUCGAACGGCUCGAGGCGACGCUGGAAGCGGUUCAGCAUCGCUGGCUCACGCACCACACCCGUGCCUUUUACGUCAAUCGGUACGCCAUUCCCAAGAUCCUGCAUUUCCUUGCAGCCGACAUCCCGCCGCCCAAAGUCGUCAAGAAGCUCGAUGACAUGCUCGUCGAUUUCGUCCGUGGGGGCAAGGGCAGGACCAGCUACGGCAGAGACAUUGUGUUCACCGCCAAGAACAAGGGGGGACUCGGGGUGAUAAGGAUGCGGGACGUUGUGGACGCGGUUGCGGCACGGCUCUGGGACGUUCUUCUCGGCGGUUCCGGCGCGAUUUGGCAAGGACUUGCGCGCGCAUCACUCCAGCGAGCUCAGCCCGACCUCGACCUGGCCACCGAUCUCUGGCCACAUCCAUCCACUCCCAUCCCCAACGACCUUCAUCCCCGAUGGCACGCCGCACUGGGCGUUCCGAAACUUCACGACGCGCAGGUCAACCCGAGGGCCUUGACCACCGCGAACUUGCUCGCGCUGCCCACCCUGCUCGGCAGCCUCCACACCCCCAUCAGAGGGAGACAGACCAUCGACGCGGUUCAUGUACCUGACUACCUUCGUCUCCAGGGCUACCCGAAGGUGGCGGAUCUCUAUCGACGCGAGUUGUAUGCGGGUGGGGGGUUUCACCUCUGGACGCCGCCGGCGGAUGUGCUCGGCGACAACAGCGAGUACGAUCGACGCGGGCUCCCGCAGCGACUGGCAAUCGCGGCCUGGUACCGGUUCACUGUCGAUCGACACAAGAACACCCCCUUGGCGGCGGCGGUGGCGGCGGGACGACUCAACGUGCCUCCCCGGAUCGGCACCAGCGCACCACUCGAGGCGAUCAUCCCCAAGCCCGUGGCCCGCUUCGCAAUGGAGCAGCGCCUUCCGGACCCGGUGCUUCCACAACAGGCGAGCCAGUAUACGCUGCUGAACAUGGCUCGCCCCUACACAGUCCGUCGCAUCCGCCGGGUCCUGAACGCGAAGGCAUUUACCAACAUGCUCGGGCUCAAGGGACCACCGCAGCCGGACGACCUCAGGAGCUUCUGGAAGGCAGUCAACUCGAAGGCACUGACGGCGAGGGAGAGGGAAGUUUGGUUCAAGCUGAUCCUCCGCUUCACCCCGACGCGCAAACUCCAGCACGAGCAAAAGCACGACACUUCUCCCGCGUGCCUCGUGUGCGAAGCGCCGGUGGACGACACCGAUCACUACUUCUUCGGCUGCGUCGACUCGCGGAACAUCUGGACCGCGGCAAGGGGCGUGCUCUGCGACGCGCUCGGAUGCGACACGAUCGAGGACGCCGAGUACACGACACUACAACGACUCUUUGGCCUCCCCAAGCUCAAGGCCAAGCUCAGCGAACAGGAAGGCGCAGGCAGGACGAUCGAGAUCUUCACGGGGAUGGUCUUGGAGAUGAUCAGCAGUGGGAGAUGGAGGAUGCAGAAGCACGGGACGAGGAUGGAAAGCCUGGAGCGGAGGAGGGUGGUACUGGAGGAGAGGAUGAAGUUGAGGGCGGGGGGAGCAAGGGGCGGGCGAGGGCAGUAG